AUGCCCACUUGUCAAUGGACAACAGAUGCUGAGCUCGACUUCUUGCAGUCUUAUCAAGAAUCGUUCAGGUCACAUCAGCUCUCACAGUCACUCCAACGUUUCUGGCCUGACAUCUACAACACGUGGUUCACCGUGUUCCCAGAGAAGUCGAGGAUCCUUCCAGAUGUCGAGGGCAAGCUAUCAGAUGAGCAGCAGACACUGCUACAGAACUCCAUCAAGACUUGUAAGAGGACACAGAAAAUCUAUAAUUGGUAUAACAACCUGAAUUCUCAGCAAAAUCGCAAGGCAAAAGCCACACGGGUGAACUUGGACGUUCUCAGGCCAAAGGGUUCACGCACCUUGAAGGACACCGAACUGUACUCCCGUAAAUACUACAAGGAUCGGGUCCAACCGCUGGUGGAGACAGAGCUGGGUGAGCGCAAGGUUUUGAAGGUUGAGAGGAUUGAGGUGAUCAAGUGGUGGACGAAGCAGGCAUACGACGCCGAAGAUGAGGAUGUUAAGGCGGAGAUUCAGGAGGAAAUACGCACCCUUUGUGCCUCGAGAGCAGAGCAUGGUACCUCAGAGAGUGAAGGAGCCGAAGAAGUCACGGAUGAGCAUGUCAUCAAUGCCAUUGCUAGUCAAGCACUGCUCGAUGAUCUGCCUGCCAUCCUCCGUCAGAUCUUUCUUGAGCUGCAUCGCAAGACUGGCUGGUACUUCUUGGUUCUGGCUGCUGGAGAAGUACCUGGGUCGGACGGUCAAUACAAAACCAUUUCAUUCCAUCAGGAAGGGGACAACCUCGAGCACAACAUUGGGCGGCUCAGCAACUUUGUUGACCAAUUCGUCAGACCAUUCCUCGAGUAUACAAGAGAUGAAAUCAAUGACACGAAAGCAUCAAGGGAGAGUACAAGCUUGCCUGCUCGGAGUCCUUCUGCAGCCCUGACAUCAGUGUCGCCGGAUACACAGGCAUCCACCCGCUCUGGGCCAGACCCUGUCGGCCCGGGGCAAUCGUUGCCCAGUGGUCCCACCAACGCCAAUGCUCUGGCCCAUGAUGGAGGGGCUGCUCAUCCCACCGGAACUUCAUUGACUGCCGCUGCGCCUCCUGCAACUGCCGCUGUACCUCCUGCAACAGCCACUGCACCUCCUUUGACGGCCGCUGCGCCUCCUUUGACGGCCGCUGCACCUCCUUUGACGGCUGCUGCGCCUCCUUUGACGGCUGCUGCACCUCCUUCGAUGACCGCCGCACCUCCUGUGACACCCGCUGCAUCUCCUUCGACAAACGCUGCACCUCCUUUGACAGCCUCCGCACCUCCUGCAAUAAUAACCCGAUCUCCGUCGACUGCUGGGCCAUCUUCAAGUGUAGCCUCUCAUGCAACCUCGUCACCUCAUCCAUCAGUGGCUUUGUCUGCUCAUCUGACCAACGCCUCGCCGACUCUCCCCACACCAACGAUCACCGCGCAGACUAUCGCGCCAGCCAUUGCCAUGGCCGCAUCUGCGCCUGCUGCUUUGCCAGUUGGUUUGUUACCCCCACCCCCUAUGAUCGCGGACCAGCUUGGCAGCAAUGAGGCCAGGCCUUUGCAGGUGUUCCACACAUCCAGCGGGAAGUCUUCCUUGCCUGGUUCUGAGACGUUAGAGGCCUCUUACAAGGAAUUGGACAAGAUCGACUAUUCAGCCAUCUCAGAGUUCCUCAACAAUGCGGACUUGAACCCUGGGCCUGGCACGCCGCAGUUUGCCGGAGCCGCAGCAUCAACAGCUCUCUGGCUCGCUGGCAUGCAACCAGGCAUAGACUUGCCCGCGUUCUCGGCAUUCCAGUCCAAUGCAACCUCGAUGCCCAUGCUGUUCUUGACCAACACCUUACCUCCGUCUGACUUCUUGUUUCCGCCAGUGAAUGGCCUGUCUUCCACGCAGACAUCAGGCUUAUCCUAUCCGAACUUCAAUUUUGCGUCGGCAGCGUCUGCAUCGUUCACAUCGGCAGCGCCUGCAUCGUUCACCACAUGGGCCCCAGUCCCGUCACCGCUUGAGCCUCUUCCGCACACGCCGGCGCAAGCACCUAGCACAUCGACCAUUGAUAUGAUACCCGGCAACUUAGUGCAACCGAACCAACCUCAAGUUGCUGUCAGUCAAGCCCCACUGACGUUAGGCUCCGAGCCCGGCCCGUCUUCCAGUGUGUCAGACCGUCCUGCGGUGACAUCUGCUACGAUAGCAGGACCUUCAUCAGAUGCAACAACACGGGGGCCAGUCAAUACGCCAAUUCAAGGCAUGCAACCGGAGGGAUGUGCCACUGUCGCCGAGGCUUCGAGCUCGAUGACAAGGGCUAUGCAGUCGGCCUCUCCUCAGUUCUCGUUGCCCGUGACAAACGUACAGGGAACCAGUGAGGUUUCUCUGCUGCAGACUCAAGAUUCCCCGCCUCAAGCGCAAAUGGUAUCCCUUGGACCACCAGCCUCUAUAUCGCCGCCACCUCCUGCCGAGCCGACUCAACGGGAUCUGCCCGCUCCAAUUGCGCUGCAAGGCCAGAUCACUGCGGACGACAUGCCCGCGUCAGCCAUUGGAGAGCCUGCGCCCUCCGUAACGGUGUCUCAUGAACCAGCGAACAAUGGUGGCAAACAGAGUCGACCUAAGUGUAUCCGUCAACGACCUACGCGGCCGGAUGAGUCCCCUGCUCUGCAAGGGAAGACCAGCGCAUCAAGCCCAGACAUGGCGGCAACGGCAGGCAGAAAGAGGCCGGCAGAUUGUGCCUUGUAUAUGGGCACCGCUCAUUGA